CGCUCGGGGCCCGGCAGCGCUGCCCAUGGGGGAGUGCGGGGUGCCCCCCCAGGUCCUGCUCUUCCUCCGCGCCUGCGAGCAGGGCGACUGCGAGACCGCCCGACGCCUCUUGGGGCUGCCCGGCGGCGGCAGCAGCCCCGCCGACCCGGCGGCCCCCUCCUCGUCGUGCGGCCCCGAGGAGACGGCGGCGGAGCCCCGCGGCGAAGCGCCGUCCCCGCCGACCCCCGGCGUGCCCGUGGACUGCACGGACGAGGCCGGCAACACGGGGCUGCAGUUCGCCGCGGCGGGGGGCCACGAGCAGCUGGUGCGGUUCCUGCUGCGGAAGGGCGCCUCGGUGCAGAGCAGGAACCACUACGGAUGGAGCCCCCUCAUGCAAGCGGCCCGGUUUGGACAUCUAAGUGUGGCCCACAUCUUGCUGGAGAAUGGCGCUGAUCUCAAUGCACAGAACAAGUUAGGAGCCAGUGUCCUCACAAUGGCCUCCAGAGGUGGUCACGUCAGCAUGGUGAAAUUGUUGUUGGAAUCUGGAGCUUUUGUGGAUAAUUACGACCAUUUUAGCACAAAUGUACUUAACAGCAGCAGAGAUGACCUCCCUGAUAUCACUCCACUGAUGGCAGCUGCUCAGCAUGGACAUGAGGCAGUGGUGCAUCUGUUGCUAGACUGGGGAGCUGAUUGUAACUACACUCUAAAGACAAUGGGCUGGAGUCCUUUAAUGCUGGCAGCUGUUAGUGGAAAGGUGAGCUUGGCACAGCAGCUCAUGGAGAAAGGUGCCAAUCCUGAUCACUUGAAUGUACUACAUAAAACACCUUUUGAAAUCUCUGUUGGCUUCAAACACAAAGACAUGAAGGACUAUUUGGAGUCUCUUACAACGAUCAGGCCUCAGGCAGAUGCAGAAAAGAGGCAACCUGAUAUCUUUCAUGCUUUGAAACUGGGAAACUUUCAGCUGGUUAAAGAGAUCAUUGAUGAAGAUCUGAGUCAAGUUAAUAUUACCAAUGUUGACGGUGCAUCUCCUUUAAUGAUUGCGGCUGUAACUGGACAGCUGCCCCUUGUUCAGCUGCUUGUUGAGAGAAAGGCUGAUAUUGAUAAACAGGAUAAUGUUCAUGGCUGGACAGCGCUAAUGCAGGCCACGUAUCAUGGAAACAAAAAUGUUGUAAAGUAUUUGUUAAAUCAAGGAGCUGAUGUUAACCUUCGUGCAAAAAAUGGAUACACAGCUUUUGACCUGAUAAUGCUGCUGAAUGAUCCAGACACGGAGCUUGUAAGGUUACUGGCAUCAGCUUGCAUGCAAGUAGAUAAAGACAAGAAUAAACUGAACAAUAGAUCGUCUCUGCCUUGUUCCAGAAGUAGACAAUCCUUAAAUGUCCCAAUGUUGCCAGAUGAAAAAGGAGGCCUAAAGUCCUGGUGGAGCAGGAUGUCCAAUCGAUUCCGCAAGCUGAAGUUGACUCAGACGUUGCGCCAUGGAUUUCCUUCUAAUCAGUUUGUGCCUUUUCCGGAUGAGAUGGAACCGUCAUUAAAUUCCACUGUAAAAGUAGCCUCUCAGAGUGAUACAGACACUUCUGGAAACCUUGAUGCUGCUACAACUUGGAACACGAAUAACAAAACUAGUGGUGCAAACACUAUAAAAGGAGGAAAGGAUGAUGAAUUAUUGACAACUAUGCUGAGGAGUAGUGCUCCAUUUACCAGACUGCCCAGUGAUAAGCUGAAAGCAGUGAUACCACCUUUCUUACCACCCUCAAGCUUUGAGCUUUGGAAUUCUGACCGAACCCGUCUCAGCAAAGAUGGCAAAGCUGAACAGAUGAGAACUGCCUGGCCACAGAGAGCAAUCAAGCACGAUUUUAACAGCAGUGGGAACUCUGAUAUAACAACUGUUAGCAAAGGUACUAGACCAGUCAAAUUACCAACAUUUGCAAGAAGACCAGCAUCUCCUUCAAAUUCCAACAACUUCAACCAUUCUCCCCAUUCUUCUGGUGGAUCCAAUAACAUUGCAGGAAUUAACAGGCAUGGAGGAGAACUGCACAACAGAUCAGGUGGCAGUGCAGAUAAUGUUUUGUCUCAGAUUGCAGCCCAAAGAAGAAAAGCAGCAGGCUUACCUGAACAGAAACCCAGCCAACAGCACAGUCCAGUCCAGUCAACUCCUUCAUCUACUGUGUCAGAUUUGCAGUGUGCUCAGAUUGUUGGCAAUGGACAUGUUGUAAAGCAAAAACUGGAGAUGAACAAAAGACCUCCGUCUGGGACUUCGUCUACAUCUAAAAGCACAUCACCAACUCUCACACCCUCUCCAUCACCUUCCCCAUCUCCCAAGGUUCAAAAUGCAGAGUCUUCUGUCUCUUCUUCUCACAAACACGCCAAGAGUAAUGGCUCCAGCAGUGGUACUAUUACAGAGGAUGGCAACCACUUGGUGGACCAUCAACAGCUUGGGCCUCUUCUGAGAGCCAGUGAUAUAGAGAAUCAUGAAAGACGAAACCAUAUGAGGGUGAAAGAAGGCUCUGAAAGCUUGGAGAAAGAUGAGCUGACUGGCAUCCUUAAAAAAUUGUCGCUUGAGAAAUAUCAACCUAUAUUUGAGGAACAGGAGGUGGAUAUGGAAGCUUUCCUCACACUUACUGAUGGUGAUCUGAAAGAACUGGGUAUUAAAACAGAUGGAUCAAGGCAGCAGAUUUUGGCAGCUAUUUCAGAACUGAAUGCAGGAAAGGGUCGAGAGAGACAGAUUUUACAAGAAACUAUACACAACUUCCACUCCUCCUUUGAGAGUAGUGUUAGUAACACACGACCGCCAGGUCACGCCCAAUCAUAGUCACCAUGUGUGGGAACUUCUGGAUGUCACUUGGUAACAUCCCAAAGCUGAAGAGCCUCUUCUGUAGGUAUUACUAGGUGAGCAGAAGCUGUUUGGGAUUUGAUUACAUGAUGCAAAGAACUGGAAUUACUCAAGAACCAAAGAAGCACAGAGGUGUAAUGUAUCUCCAAGCAACUUGCUGACCUUAAGUGUCUUGAAGCCAUCAGAGGACAAGAAUAGUGGCUCAAAGCUGGGGAGAACAUCCUCUUGUAAAAAUGGAGGCAACAGUUACACCUGUUGAGCUUUUGACAAGAUGCUGCAAGAAGGCUGCCAUCAGAGAGCUUUCUUUUUGGUUUUUGUGUGUGAGAGCUCCAUGAUAUAAAUUGGGCUGUGAAACAGAAAUAGAAGCACUAACAGAGAAGAGGAAGAGAACAUGUAGCUAAAAGGAGUUUCUGCACCAGGUAAGCUGCUUUUUAUUGUAAAAAGUAGCAGUGGAAUCCUUAUGCAGUCUCUGGAACUUGAAGUAAUUUCCAGGAAUGUGUAAUAUUUAGAGCAUAAGAGCAGCUGUACCAAGUCAAAUCCAAGGUCCAUACCAUUGUGUUCAUCUUUUUCACCACCCUCAUCUGACACUGAUGUGAAGAGCUGCUUGCUUUCAUUUGCUGUGAACUUGUCAUGUCCUGACUUUUUUUGCUUCAUCGUACUGGAUCAGAAGAUACAGUGAGCAGUUGUUUCCUCUUCACUGCCUCCAUGCCACUCAUGAUUUUACAGAUCACUGUAAUAUUCUUCUUCAUUCAUGGUUUUUUUUUCCAAGGGGAAGGCUUAUAGGCUGCUUUAUCAUUCCCUAUACCAUAGUUUUUCUAACCUCUUUUCCUUUUCUGCUAUUAUCUUUUCAGACUUGGAAGAUACCAGCCUAGCAUUCAGUAUUCAAUAGGUACCCAUAUUAUGGAUUUAGAUGACAGAGUGAUGUUUGUUUUUCAGUUGUGUUCUCUGCUUUCUAUUCUCUUGCCCUUUCCUAGUUAUUUCUGGUACUCUACUGUGUUGGCUAUAAUUGAAGACUGAAUUGGUAUAAAUUUGAAUUACCUCUUACAACCUAGCUGAUCUACUGAGUUCGAGCUCACAGCCUACAAUUUUAUAUAAACACACAUGCAUCUUCUUUUCCAUUUGCCAUACUUCAUAUUACUUCAUAUUUAUCUUCACGAACUUUUGUCGCUAUCUUAUUGUUUAGGCACAAAUGUCACAUGAAGUCUUUUUGCCAGUCUUCUGUUUACCUUUAUUUUUAUUUACAUGGAUAACUUAGGAAUGCGUGUCCCUUCACUCUAUAUGUCCUUUCAAAAUCUUAUAUUGAAUAUACUCUUCAUAUCCUGAAUAUUCUCAUGCAGAUCCCUAUGAAAUACUAGUGGUGAAUUUCUCUACUAUGGAAAAAAUAUUAUUUACUUCAGCCUUCUGUCCUCUGCCUCCCUAACAGAUUAUUUAGUCACACAAGAAAUUUUAUUUUUACCCUGUGGAUUCCUUAUUAUCUUAAGGGCUAAACUUGGACCUUGUGAAAUACCUUGUCGAAAUCCAAGCAUCAAAAAGGCCUCUUUUGUCUACAACACUGUUGGCACCUUCAAGGAAUUCUAGUAGGUUGGUGAGGCAAGACUUCUAAAAUCCCUCUUGAUUUGUUUCCACAAAAUUUCAGAUUGUUACAGUUUUUACCAGUUUGGUUGGUAUUACUGUCCAUCUCACUGGUCUGUUUACCUACAUUCUCUAUUGAACCAUUAAAAAGAUUUACAUCACUGUUACCGUAUCUCAUUUAUGUGACAAUUUAAACAACAACCUGUGCUCUGUACACAGGAGUUCAGCUACUUAAUCCUUCUACUUCUCUAGGACAUUUGCCUUAGAAAUCUACUAUUAUUUGCUUUGUGUCUUUGUUUCAUAUUCUUUUUUGCUAGUACUCCAGGUUAAGAUGGACUCCUACAUAAAGAAGGUUUCUGAAAUGGAAUCCUUCUUCCCCACCCCAUGCGAGGGACAUCAGGUUAGGCUGUGUGAAUUCCAUGCUCCAGUCCUUGCCUGACCUGCAUAAGGCAGAGCAAUGUAAAUCAAGUUACUGGACCUGUAAACCAUUAGGUUUGGAGGCACCAUGAAUUCUGAAUAGGCAAACAGUACUUGCAUGGGGGUUGCCUCCAUCUCUUUUUUUUCAUGGAAAUUAAUUGGUUAUUUUUAGAAAAUUCUGAUAAAAAUAUUCAUUCCAAGUGAACAUUUUGGCAGGUUUUGACAUUUUGGUAGUUUGGCUGCUAUUAAGUCUUGGAAGAUUGACAAUGCACUCUGUCUUUGGUAAGAGAAACUACUAGGAAGAUACUGCUUCUUUAUAACCCAGUGAAUGUGUCCAGCAAACAGAGAAUUACUGUGCUGCUUCACCAUUUAGAGCAGAUGACCAGCCUGUGGAGGCAUGAGGCAAAAUGACUGCUCUAAGGAAUAAGAUGCUUCUCCAUUGUCUGGAUUCCAACUUCAGAGAAACAGCAAAUGGCAGCAUAAAGUCCAGCUUUCUGGGAGAAUGGGAUUUAACAAAUAGUAUUAUCCCAGGAAAAGUUACUGUUUGUGGUUUAAGGUGACCUUUUGCUUACAUGAUUCUGGUAAAAAAGAAAAUUGGACUUUCUGAAUGCCUGAUUGCCAGGACUAAUUGUUUAGUUUAAUUUGGGGGGCUGUAUCAAGAUUCAUUCUCCCAUUAACUGAGUGCAGUCAAGAGGUUGAACAGAUCUGGCAGUGGCAUUGAAAGAAAUGACACCAAAGAAGACACAGUUGCAUUUCAACACAAACUUUCCCAACUCAGAAAUGGAAAGCUGAAAAAAGGUCAUGUGGAUUCUUAUGAAAAAAAAAAAAAAAAGGCAGGGGGCAGGGUGGGGGAGAAAAGCAACUGAAAUAAUUUCUUCUAGAAGAGCAGACAUAAAAUUCUAUAUGCUAGUUAUAAUAGAUGUGUAAGGAAGUGUUACAUUUAAAUCCUCUGAUAAAAAUGGAAACACUUCAUGCCAGUUCCCUUGCCCAUUUAUGGCUUGCAACAGAAUUUGCCAUUUCUACAAAAAUGACAAAAAUGAAAAAUGCAAGUGCAUCCAAGGUUUGUACUCAGAAGGACAAAAUCUUUUUCUGCUAGGACAUUUCUUAGACUCGUUUUGAAAAAAACCCAUUAAGAUUGGUUGGAGGUAAAGUUAACUACCAGUUAACUUAGUUUGCCUUGUACAGUAAUUUCACAACCGUAAGGCGCACCGGACUAUAAGGCGCACCUCCGAGAGUCAGCAAAUUUCGC